UCCAGCACCAGCCAGAGCCCGUUCGGGUUACCACCGUCUGUUACAACAGCCAACGCAGGACGUGACACCAGUAUGUGCCCGAGACACACACCCGUGUUGUCUCUGCGUCUCUUCCCGCCGCUGAUGCUGCUGUUCGGGCAUCAGUGUCUCGCGGCCCGCCCCUUGCUCGUGUUCCUGAUCGAUGGAUUCCGCUAUGACUACAUGGACGACCUGCAUGCCCUACCCGGAUUUCGGGAGCUAGUGGGAAAUGGGGUGAAGGUGGACUACAUGACGCCAGACUUUCCGAGUUUAUCAUACCCUAACUAUUACUCAUUAAUGACAGGCCGUCACUGUGAUGUUCAUCAGAUGACUGGAAACUACAUGUGGGAUGAAGCCUCUAAGAAGGAGUUCCUGAUUGGGACCAAUCCUGACAGCCGAUUGCCUCUUUGGUGGGAUGGAUCAGAGCCAUUAUGGGUCACCCUGCAGAAGUUGGGAAAGAAGGUUUCCAUGUACUACUGGCCAGGCUGCGAGGUGGAGAUUCUGGGUGUUCGCCCAUCGUUCUGUGAGAAGUAUGUCUACAACCCAUCUGAGAAAAACCUCACAGACUCAAUUGAGAAUGCUCUCAGCGUGCUAAGGUCAGGUCAUGCAGACAUGGCAGCAAUAUAUUUUGAGAAAAUAGAUGUGGAGGGUCAUCACUUUGGUCCAGACUCUCAUCAGGUCAGAGCAGCUGUACAACAACUUGACCUUGCCAUGCAGACACUCAACUGCAAAAUCAAAGAGAAGAACAUGGUGAAACAGCUGAACAUUUUGCUAUUUUCAGACCACGGCAUGACAAAAAUCCAGUGGAUGGAGAAGGUCAUUGAACUGGACAAGUAUAUAAAUAUGUCAGACAUUGUCAAGAUGAUGGACAGAGGACCAGUGGUCAGUCUGUGGCCCAAAGAUAAAAAGUACCAACAGGUGUAUGCUGCAUUGUCCCAGGUCCCUAAUAUGCGUGUCUAUGCCAGACAGGAGAUCCCUGAACGUCUCCAUUACAAAGGAGGACAGUUUGUUUCCCCCCUGACACUGGUGGCUGAGCCAAGCUGGUUUAUCGCAGAGAAUAAGGAUGGACUCCCAUACUGGAAAAAUGACUCCGGUGAGCCCUCAGCAUGGCAAAAUGGCUGGCAUGGUUACGACAAUGAGGUCCUUGACAUGAGGGGCAUUUUCUUGGCAACAGGACCUGACUUCAAGCAGAAUGUUCGGGCAGCUCCAAUACGAGCAGUGGACAUCUAUAAUGUGAUGUGCUGGGCAUUGGGAGUGAAACCUUUGCCCAAUAAUGGGUCCUGGUCUCGGGUAGAAAACCUCCUGAAUGGCACUGAUGGUCCAUCCCUCCCCGUAACGCUCUGGACCUGCUGCAUGGGUUUGUUAGGAAUAUUGCUUGCACUGUGGGACUAAAACAUUAAACAAUACAGUGUUUAUGAUAUCCAAUGGUAGCUAGAAUUUACCUCCUAUAAAGAGUUGGAGCAUUAAACAAUGUAGAGGUCAAUGCACCUGAAAGAAUGGGGAAAUAAAUUAAAUAGGCUGGAAAUGUCACCUUAAAGUGGUUAGAGCAAUUGAAAGGACCAAAAACUUGAAGCCUUCAGAGUUUGCCCCAAUGUCAUCUCAGCUUCCUGAAUGGACCUGGAAGAAAGCCCACAACACAGUAGAAAAGGACUUCCAUUCUGGAUCCUGAAGAGAGAGCAUGGAGACAUGGAGAGCAGGAAAAGGUCUUGGUGGAAAUCUUCUCCAGCUCUCCAUGUCUGUGUCGAUGUCUAAGCUGAUACAGACAUUAAAUGCCCAUGAGAAAUGUAACUAUAAUGUAAUUUAAAAUUCAAUUUAAUUAUUUGCCAGAGCAUUUUCAGAGUUUUGGAUUAGUCCAUGCUCUUGCAAUUUCUCUUGAUAACCAGUUAUUGUCAAUCAUAAUAAAAAAUGACAAGUGAGAGAUACUUAUUACUUACUUAGUAAUUAUAGACUUCUGGGCAGUUCUUUCCUCCUGGAAAGAGCGAUGUAAUUUUAAGUGUAAUUACAGGGAAAUAGGAAUUUCCUUGAAACAACUUCUCUGUUUAAACUUGAUAUAUUCAGUAAUAACUAAUUAAUGGAAACAUUGAUCUCCAUGUAUGUUGGACUGUAUGUUUACCUACGGCAGUGUAUGUAAUUCAAUUCUUCUCAGUAUAAUAUGUUAAAUUUGUAUGUUGUUAUAACAAGAAACUUCUACAGGUUGUUAAUACAAGAAAAAUAUCCACUCAGUGCCUAAAGAGACAAUGUUGUAGCCUAUGUUGGCUUAGAAGAAGUGAAAAUUACUGGUUUACAUGAAUUUUACAUGAAAUACAUAUAAACUAGUAAUUUUCACAGAGAUGUUUUGAAAUACUAUUGUCUCCAAACACUUAGUAGUGUCAGAAGCUGUACCGAAUCCUAUCUAAAUGAGUUGGUUGCCUUGUUACCUUAUCUAUUCAGGCAAUUUUAUUCCCUUUCCAUGCUUGAGCUCGUUUAAAAUCUUGAGAGUAUGUAUGGUGGACGAUGACAAUUGAGAUUCUAGCUUUGAUCUGUUUUUUAAUUCAGCUAGUCAUGUCUAUUUGUUGGAUCUCUAGGACACUGUGUGACACACAUGUUCUGUGAAAAGUGUUCUAUAAAUAAAUGUUCUCUGAUCUGGAAA